AUGGUUGCCGGUUACACGGAAGAUCAACUUGCGGAUUUUCAGGAGGCUUUCCAGUUGUUCGACAACCGUGGGGAUGGAAAAAUAUUCGUAAAUCAAGUAGGAGAUGUCCUACGUGCCAUGGGACAAAAUCCGACAGAAUCCGACGUGAAGAAGCUUACAAAUCAGCACAGGCCCGAGGAUCGGAUCAGCUUUGAAGUGUUCCUACCUAUACUGCAAGCAAUAGGCAAAAAUCGCAGCACGGAAAGUGCGGAGGAUUUCAUUGAAGGACUGCGUCACUUCGACAAGGACGGGAAUGGUUUCAUUUCCUCUGCCGAACUCCGUCAUCUUCUCACAACACUUGGUGAGAAACUGACUGACGAAGAAGUGGAACAACUCCUCGCCGGACACGAAGAUGGCCAAGGGAACAUUCAUUACGAGGAAUUCACAAUGAUAGCAAUCAGGGAAGAGUCAUGUUACUUCGAUUGCCUUCCGGAAGAUGUUAUCCUGGAGAUAUUUGGUUAUCUGAGUGCGGUUGAUCUAUAUCGUGUUUCUUUCAUUAAUGAACGAAUCGCAAGAAUCGCGCAUGAUAGGACUCUGUGGAGGCAUGUCAUAGUCGAUGAUCCGGUGCCAUUGAGGACAUUGCAUGCGAUCUUCGACAACGUCUCGAAUAUCCGAGAACUCGUCGUGACUGGGUACCUUCAGAAGUUUGCCGGAAAGCCCAAAUCCGCCACGGAAGUGUUGUCUGCGUCGCUUCUUUCUAAAUUUGCGAAAAACAAUCCGGAUGUGGGUAGAAUCACUCUGAAGGAUUGUCCAGUACGGUCAGAAAGCACCGCGUUGUCAAUAUUGCCGAACCGGAACUUGAAGUAUUUGUCGAUCGUGCGAUGCAUUUCCCUGGACAAGAAACCGUGGUUCUCUGCUGAUUUCAAUUUCGACCAGUUGGUCGUGUUGGUGCUUGACGGGAACAACUGGCUGACGAGUCAUUCCUUGUUACGGAUAUGUAAACUACCGCAGUUGAAAGCGUUGAGCGUUCGUGGAUGUCGAUGUUUCGGAUCUGUAAUGCUGUACGCCAGUGCGACGGAGCGAAUGGCGACAUGGUCACUGGAAUACCUAGACGUCAGUAACACCAAAAUCACGUCAACGGUGUUGAACCUCCUAUUGCACGAACGUUUGGCGUCUCGAAUCAGGUUUCUUUACGCGGAAAACUGCACGGAGCUCAGUCACCGACUUCUAGAGAAUUUGUAUUCCCUGAAGAAUUUGGAUAUGCUAUCGUUGGCUGGGAGUGAAAAGGUUCACGUCGAAGCCAUUUUGAAUCGGCUAGGAGCCAUGAAUCUUUUGCGUCGCAUGACGGAAGUGAAUCUCACUGGAUGUCCUCUUGGAGUUUCGGAAGCGAGUGCUUUGUUGCAGUAUGUGGACCAUAGGAAGGUUUUGAUUGGUGGAGCUAUGGUGCCUACAGAGAAACCCGAUUUGAAGAGUCUAUUCAAGUUAAGCAGUGAGACCGUCACGAUCGAGCUCAAAAAUGGUACCCAGGUUUCCGGCACUAUCGUUGGUGUCGACGUUUCGAUGAACACUCAUCUCAAAUCAGUUAAAAUGACUCUGAAGAACGCAUCGGAACCCGUUGUUCUUGAAACUCUCAGUGUUCGAGGUAACAACAUCCGGUACAUAAUCCUUCCCGAUUCUCUACCUCUGGAAACUUUGCUUAUUGAUGACGUCCCGAAGUCGAAGAAGAAGGCUGCUGCAGCCGCUGCUCGCGGAGCACGUGGUGCUGCUGCCCGUGGCGCGCGCGGAGCUCGUGGAGGUGGUGGCGGCGGUGGUGGUGGACCCCGUGGCCGUGGCGGCCCUCGUGGGGGCGGCAGAGGCAUGACCCGCGGAAGGGGCCGCGGGUGGCGAUGA